AUGGAGAAUGUGAACAGGACGAGGGUUACUGAGUUUAUUUUAGCUGCUUUUUCUAGUUUCCAUCAAUUUCAAGUUUUACUGUUUAUUGUUGUCCUAUUUGCGUAUGUUGUUUGCAUUAUGGGAAAUAGUGCAACUGUUACUCUUAUCAGCAGCAAAUCAUCACUUCAAACCCCAAUGUAUUUUUUUAUUAGCACAUUUUCUGCCUUGGAAAUCAUAUUUGUCACUGUUACUAUCCCAAAACUUCUAGCUAACCUCAUUGGUGUGGAUCGUAAGAUAUCGUUUAACGGCUGUUUUGCACAGCUUUUUGCGUUCAAUGCAUUGGGGGUAACGGAAUGCUAUCUUCUUGCAGUCAUGGGCUUCGACCGGGACCUGGCAAUUAACAAUCCUUUACAUUAUACAGCUAUAACCACCAAAGGAUUCUGUAUUAAGCUAGCAAUUUGCCCAUGGAUUGCUGGUUUUACCAUAGCUCUCGUACCCACAGUGUUUACUGCCAAUUUAGAGUUUUGUGGGCCUAAUAUGGUCAACCAUUUCUUCUGUGACCUAGCUCCUUUGCAGAAUUUGACUUGUUCUGAUCCCUUCAUCAGCAAUGUGGCUACAAGUUGUGCAGCUGUUUUUGCCACUGUUGUCCCAUUUAUCACUGUGAUUGGAUGCUACGUUGAUAUUAUCAUUGCCAUCUCAAAGAUUAAAAGUGCUGGUGGAAAAAGGAAAGCCUUCUCCACUUGUUCAUCCCACCUUAUUGUUACCAGCAUGUUCUUUGGCUCAGCCAUUGUCGUAUAUGUGAAUCCAAAGGGCAGUCAAUAUGAUAAAUUCCUAGCCCUUGUUUACACUGUAUUUAUUCCUUUGUUAAACCCUUUCAUCUACACACUGAGAAACAAAGAUGUGAAAUCUGCCUUUAGGAACUCAAAAAUUCUAAAGGGUCAAUGGGGAUUGUUUCAUGACUGA